AUGACGUCGAACGUCGACGCGUCGCUCGCGCGCGGGCCCGCGGAUGAACUCUUGGCGUUUCGCAAGGAGGAGGAGGCGAAGAGCGCGGAACGCAUGGCGGAGCUCUACGCUGAAUUGAAGAACGAAGAGGCGAAGGCGCUGGAGUUGAGAUGGGAGCGCGAGGGACAGGCGAAGAGGGAUCUGGAGCGGCUGCGACAGGAGAGCGAGAGGGAGUCGCUGGAACAAGUGAUGGAGGGAAAGACGCUGUGCGUGACGCCGUUCGGGAUAGACGUGGUGGGAAUCACGGAGGCGAUGGCGCUCGUGGGGGCGGUCGCGAGCGGGAUCUCGGCGAAUCAGAAGAAGGAGGAGAUCGUGCAGCUGAACGAGAAGCUUCGUAAGAUUAAUCAGGGCCUCAUGGCGACGUCUCGACCGAAGGGUGAAGUCGUCGUGAAGAACGGAGUCGUCGCGGUGGUCGACGAGCCCGUGGUGGGCGCCAGCGUGGACGAUUGGGACUCGCUCUCGGACGAUAUGAAGGAACUUAAGCUCAACCUCCGACAAGGUCGCAAGGAUUUGCGAAACGAAGACGCGAAGUCGGCCAUGAACUCGUUCAAGAAGGCCAUCAUGCUCUCUCGCGUCGUCGGCGACUUGGUCUCCCUGCGUCGAGCCACGCGCGGUCUCGGCGCGGCGAAGCGCAUGAUGGGCGACCGCCAGGGCGCCAUAGCCGCCCUCAAGGACGUCCUGACCAUCUCCACCGAGCUCAUGGACAGCACCGGCGACAUGGACGCCCUGGGCGCCAUCGCCGACUUGUACGCCGAGCUCGGCGACCUCGAAAACGCCGGUCGCUACUACGACCUCUACCUGAACCAGAUGAACGACGAGACGGUCGACAUCGAAGAUUAA